UAAAAUAAAAAAAGCGUGAAGCGAUUAUAGAAUAAGCCGGUGGUAAGAAUUGGAAAAAGUGCAAAGUACAAAAUCACGCAUUCUAAACCAUACAACAUGCUACUUUUUCUGUCUGACUUUGUUUUCUUCUAUUAAUUCACAUUUUUUUCAUACAAAUUCUCUCGUCACUCAAUUAAAUAAUCACUUAUUUUUCUCCUUAUCUCCGUGCGUAUAACCCGAAACAAAAACAAAGCUACCAUUUUCCAACAACAACAACAGUGUAUCCGUUACUAUGAUGUUGUGCCAAAAAAAACACUACCAAAGCAAAGAAUCAUCAUCAUCACUUUCUGUUACUAAAACACCACCACUUGUCUUCUUCCUACACCCCCUCCUCAAUUUCAGUUACUCUUUCUUUUCUUUUUCUUCUUCUUAAGUACUCACUCUCACUCGCAUGGCCAUAAUCACUAUCAUCAAAAAAUGGUUUCUGAGCAAUGCUUACCUCUCACUUCCACCCACCUUCUCGAAAAAGUUUUCCCUGUUUAUGCUUUGGCUUUACCCGACCCGAAUCCAGAUUAUAUCCUAGAUGGAUCCGACCCGAUUUGGGAAGCUAUCAAAGCUGAAGCUAAGCUUGAGGCAGAGAAAGAACCGAUUUUGAGCAGCUUUUUGUAUGCAAGUGUUUUGGCACAUGAAUGUUUGGAACAAGUGCUGGCUUUUGUUGUUGCUAACCGUCUUCAAAGUCCUACUCUUUUGGCUACACAGUUGGUGGAUAUCAUGUGCAAUGUUGUCAUGCAUGACAAAGCUAUUCAGAGAUCAAUCCGCUUUGACGUUCAGGCGUUUAAGGAUCGGGACCCUGCAUGUUUGUCCUAUUGCUCAGCAAUUUUGUACAUGAAGGGAUUCCAUGCUCUGCAGGUUUAUCGGGUGGCGCAUGCACUGUGGCACCAGGGACGCCAAAUCCUGGCCUUGGCUUUGCAAAGCCGUGUUAGCGAGGUUUUUGGAAUUGACAUUCAUCCUGCUGCGAAAAUUGGGGAGGGAAUUUUGCUAGAUCACGGGACAGGCGUGGUUAUUGGUGAAACUGCUGUUAUUGGAAAUAGAGUUUCAUUUAUGCAAGGUGUAACAUUAGGCGGUACUGGGAAAGAGAUAGGUGAUCGCCAUCCAAAAAUAGGCGACGGGGUACUGAUUGGAGCUGGUUCAACUAUACUCGGAAAUAUAAAAAUUGGUGAAGGUGUGAUGAUUGCUGCUGGCUCCCUUGUGCUAAAAGAUGCUCCUCCCCGCAGCAUGGUGGCAGGAACACCAGCAAAGGUUCUCGGAAGUCUACGGGACCAUUUCCCAUCUUUAACAAUGAAACAUGAUGCUACAAAACCAUUUUUCACUCAAGUUGCUGCUAAGUUUAACGAUGAAAAGUCCGGUGGAGCAGAAAAUCCAGAAAAAAAUGAAGCGAACACAAUUGAGAGGUUCGGUUGCCUAGAUCUCACUUCGGAUUGAUUGCAUAUUUGCAUUCAAAGGAAAGAUGAUGUUGUACUAUAUGUUAGAAUGAUGAUCUGUUCAAAAUGAAGUGGAUCUCAAAUUUCAAUAAUACAUUUAUUUUAUUUGCAAUUUUUGCUGCUGAGUGCCGCACAGUUCUUGCACCAGUAUGACUGAUUUCUGUAGUCAAUCAAAAUGAAGAGCAGAUGCUAUCUGUCUCUUGCUUCUUAGUAUUUUUAUUUUUCCUUAUAACAUCUGUUGUGAUGGAUA